AUGUAUAUUUACACGAUUACUACACCCAACUUUUUCAAAAUUCCAAUUUCAUACGUUACUUUUUCAAUACCUCACUUUCCCACGGAUAUUUUUGCCAUUUUCAAGUUUCCGACAACUUCGCCGACAAGUUUCAACUCAAAUGCGACUGGGAGUGGGAGAUUCACGAUCCUAUUGAAAGUUUUAAUUUUGAAGGCUUUUUAUGGCCUACGGAACAGUUGCAUUGCUGCUCUGGAUUUAGCCAUCAAAUUGAAGGAUUCAAUAUUGGAAGCUAUUUAUCACCGACUGAACAGUGAUGAAGCAUGCGUUUUCUUUGAUGCAUUUCAUGGGCUUCUUGUCUUCCUCACCUCGUUUCCAACUGCCUUAAUUGGUCUACACUUUCAAGUCUUGGGUGUCUCGCCACUUGAUACACAUUUUGCUAUCAUCUUGCUAUUUAUCAUGGCUACAAUCAUCUAUGGCAUUGCAUAUGUGGAGAUAAAAAUGCUACCCCAAGACAAUGAGUACCUUCCCAUAUUGAGGUUCAUUUGUUUGGUCUCUGGAAUUAUUGCUAUUGAGCUAAUUGUCGCAAUAAUCAUUUCUCCCUUAUGGCUAUUCAUGGUUAAUUUAUGUCCAAUCCUGAUCCUAGGGGUACCGCGCCAUUUAUACCAACAAAUUUGUAAGGGUCUCUACUGCACAGCUGAUUUUGUACUCAAUGCAAUAUAUAGCUUGUUUAAAAAGAUUUGUCAAUUAGUUGAUCAGAUAUAUGACUGGGUCCUACAGAAAUUUCGAUAAGCAGCUUCUAAAGCAAUUCUUUCAAGGGAACAGGAAGACAAUGGUAUUCAGAUGGAAGAAAUUUUUAAGUGACCUAUUAUUGUAAGUAAGACAAAUAAGAAAAAUUUUAACUUAUGAAAUUUUCUGUUUGUGGAAGUUUGAAUUUGUUUACAUUCUAUUCAA